CGGCACGGCAACGGCACACCAGCCCGGCGACAGCAGCCACCACAGCAGCAGCCGCGGGAGCGGCCACAGCAGCAGUCACAGCAGCGCCGCUUGCACCCGCAGCAGCAGGCCCAGCAGCAGGCCCAGCAGCAGGUGCAGCAGCAGGUGCAGCAGCAGGUGCAGGCCCAGCAGCAGCAGCAGGUGCAGGCAAGGCAGCGGAAGAAGGCUGCGGGGACGGAGGCCGUACCACGACCUCCCCUUGCGCCGGCAGCGAGGAGUGGGGCCGCCGACACCACCAGCAGCGGCAGCGGCAGCGGCGGGGCUAGGGGAGGCGGUGUCGGCUGGGAAUAGAGGGAAGGAAAGGCGGUGGAUUAACGCCAGGGAAGGUCGGGGCGCAGGUGCAGGGCCCAGGCCAGGGGAGGUGUCGUGAGGUCUUGUCGAGCCGCUUGUAAGGCGGACGCGUCGUGUGUUGCCGGGAGCCGGCUGCGGUGUUGGGGUGGUGCGCUGGCCUCCUGCUGCGCAGUGGUGGCACGGCACCGUGGCAGGAAUCCCGGGACUGGUAGUGGGGAUACCUGCGUCAUUACGCGAUUCCAGCAACCCCUCGCCGCCCGUAUGUGCUGUGUUUUGUACGCUUGAGGCACCACCAUGGAAGCGGUGCUGUACUAGUUGCGAACUGGGUUUUAAAGCAGUUUAAUGGGACGUAUGCCGUACGUUAUCCUGCCGUGCCAUAUUGGCAACACGGCAGUCGUGUGACCCCGUGCAACCGUAUUGUUAAUCACUGGGGUGGGGUGGGGACGGCUGUGCGUGGAGGAGGGGUGCACCGGGAUCAUCUGGGUCUAGCACUGGCGCCAAGCCGCGCUGCUCUGUCCCUCUGGCUGUGUUGCUGCCCCCAGGGUGGCCUACCUGACUCUUUUGCAGACCUGCGACUUUAGGGUUGGGUAACGGACCACUGCACGACACUGUCGAUGAGGGGUUUUGUUGUAGGACCUUUCGAGCUCAAGACGGAUGCCGUCGCGACCGCAGACCGGCUGUGUGUUUAGGACAGUGCUCGUGUCCCAAGGGUGGGGCAUUCCCGCCGUGCGGGCACGGCACGGACUGGAAGCCGUUAUUGCGUCCGUUGUUGCUGAUGAGGAGUCCGCCGCGGAUUGCUGUAGCGUUUGUUGGUUUGUUACCGUGCAUGGUGUAUUGGUGUUCAUGGUGCAAGGCUGCGCUCGAAAGUGACCGGCGUCGAGCUGGCCCUGUAUUGCUAUACACUCUUACAUAGCGACUUGUGCGAGCCGCAACUGUCAACGGAUUGUCAAUGCCACAUGCCAAAGCAUAAUCUUUAGCAGGAUCGCGGCCCUUCAAAAAGUUACGCCGGUUAGCUAGCUAGUGAACACGCAAUAGAAUGCCGCGGUACGUACGUGUGGUGCGUGCCGCGUAUUAAAAGGUUUCGGGGAAAGUUGUAGAGCGCAGCUUGCAGAUGUUGAUUGAGAAGAUGGCAGGCUGCUACUGGGCAUGGCAUCUGAUGAUGUUGAUGAAGAUGAACGCAGCGUCCAUAGGAUUAUUAGACGCGCUUGGUUGCCUGGGUGCUGUGGUCAGUCUAUCUGUCCGGUUGGAAGAAAAGAGGUCGAGUUGUCACUUGUCAGUGUACCAUUAUACGCUGCCCUUGACGCAUAUGCCAUCGUGCGCAGUGCCAGUGCCAGGCCCUGUAAGCGUGGUAGUUGAGAAGCAUCUUGGCAACAGACCGUACCGCGCCGCUCAAUUCCUAGCAGCCC